CUAGCGUGUAAUACAAAAGACUCGUUGUAGCUCCAAGGCCACUCUGCUCAAUGAGCCGAUUGAUAUGGCCUUACUACACUUGUACUUUUUUUAGAAAGCAGCCUCAAUACGGCCUAAAGUUAUGGUAUCGAUAUUUUAUACCUGAUUCGUAUGCUUUGGUUGAUAUUUGGAACGCUCGGCUCUUUAGUGAUAUUUUCCGAAAUAUUUCAGCUCGUGAUCAUGGUUUAAAAUUACUGCAAAAAAUUAAUUCUGGAAAAGUCGUGUCACCAUUGGACUAUGACAUAUUCGCAAAUAAACUAGAUGAACUAGAUGUCAAGUCCUUAGAUUUUGUUGAAGAAGUCAUCAUGAGCUAUAUGAAUACUCAAUCUGCGGUGGACGUAAGGGAUUCAACAUCUCAUGCGUUUAUUCGAGGCUAUUUGAAUUUCCGAGAAGUUGACAGAUUACUAAAAUUAAUCGAAUGUAGAUCAAAAACAGGAAUUUUUGUAGAUUUUGCCUCUGCAGUUCUCAUGAUGGACGUGUUUUUACGAAAAGGUGAAUGGAAUUCUGCUAUUGCAGUUUCUUGGGAACUCUGCCUUCAGGAAUAUUUCAGCUUAGAGAAUGUUAGACCACUUGUCCUUGCUACCUCACUUUUUUCAUGCAUGAAGUCAAUAGAACAUGAUUCGUACGUGGUCAAAGAAUCUGAACCGGCCGAUGACAAAGAGAUUGAACAAAAAUUGGUUCCUUAUGUUAGAAACCCAAGCUAUGAUAACUUUUUCGAUAUAAAGCACCCUAAGUUGAAGACUGGUUAUACGCUCUUGCAUUUGUCUCAUGUACUAAACAGUCGAUGCUCACUUUUUCAAACUACCCCAGUAUGGAAUAGCCUAUCUAAAUAUGUGGAUAGUUUGCGUUUAAUGAUGAGAAUUUUCGGACUUGCUCUUUCUGAACAGUGCGACAAAUUAUUAGUUGAACUGAGAAAAAUUGAUGAUUCAGCAAUACAGUUAGGAGGAUUCGAUACUAUUGUGACGGAAAAGUUAAUAAGGAUUGUUGAUACUUGUGAAACCCGAUCCGAUGACUCGUCUCUAAAGCCAGGAGAACCGCAGCUUCCAAGCGUAUCAGAUGUAAAAUCAGUGCAGAAUGAACUUGUGCGUGUUCAGGGUGGAUCACAAUGUACCACACCAAACUUUUUUAAAGUGGCCGAAGAGUUUAUCUUCAAUGGAGUAAUUAAUAACUCAGACUGUAUGAAGCAGGAAUUAGAGGCAGUUUCUGACUUGUAUAGUAAAUUUGAUGAAGAACGGAGAAAAGAAUAUACUGAAGCUGUCAAAAUGCAAAAAUCUGAAAAAGUUGUUAAAAAAACCAAAGAAAAGCUAAGAGAAAUCCUAGAUAAAGAGGAACAAAUAACGUACUUCCAGAAUAAUACGAAAAUAAUAAAGGAUGCAUGGUUAGCACCCCGAACACGUCAAGAAGCUCGUUGGUCAAGACUAAAGGAGUGGAGAAAUGAAAUUCUUUCUCAAAGACAAAAGCAGGAUAAUAGUUCGCCUGUUCAAUGAAUGUGAAACUGUACAUAUAUACUUUUAAUAGUAAUACGUUUAUAUACGAAAUUGAUUGAUGUACAUCAUAUUGGUUACCCAAUAUUAUUAUCUCCAUAAGGUAGAUGUACAGAUGCACCCGUUUUUUAAUGGAAACUUUGAUUGAUAGGUAUUUAAAAUUAAAAGUAAUUAUCAGAAUAAACUACAAAGUUCCAAUCGUAGUUUAUGGUGUGACAUUUUAAUAUUCCCUAAACAGAGCUGUAGCUUGAAGGGAAGUGCAAUUAGAAAGCUUUCUUUACAUAAAUAUCACCUAUACUAUGUAACUUUGAACUAAACCUAAUUGUUUUUUACUAGUGGGAGGAAUCACUUCACUCUGAUAAUUACAAUACGUGUACACAAACCCAGUUAGUUAUGCUCCAGGUUACAUCAGCUUCAUAAAGUGAGCUCUUAGGAAACGUAUUACUUUGUCAGUAUAUCAAAAGAAGUAUGUAGGUCAAUCAAUAACUCAACUCCAGAACACUGUAAAUUCUGACCGCAUUGCACAGUUAAAAUGCGUUUAUAAGUCAUCCAUGCAACCAAAAAAAUAUCAUCAAACGAAGUAUAACGAAUCAUAGAUGUGACUGUUAUCCUUCAAGGAGAGGUGGAAGUAACAAGACUUCGUAGUGCUACAAAAUAUUACCACUAAUAUAUUGAAUGACUCAACAUAAUAAAUCGAGAAUGAACAACAAAAGCGCGACUUAUUAGCAAAGUGUAGAUGUGAAUAUUACUUAUAUUUUUAAACUUAUAUAGCAUAUUCAGAUGUCUAAAUGUGCGUAUUCAGAUUGUGUAUUCUAUAUAAAUUUUGUAGUAUCGAUCUGUUCUCAUAAUUGUCUACGUCCAGUUUAUGCUGUACUGCUACUUCCUUCUUACUUGCCAUUGCUCUAUCCUUACGAUGAACAGUCCGAUUCCCAGUUCAUUUUUACGAGCAUCAAUGGAUUUCUGUGUUUGGAUGAGUAACUCCGCUGAAUGUUCAUAAUGAUUUAUGUUGACUCGUUGAUUUAAAGUAGGGCUCGGUGUGUUCGAUUUGUUGACAGUGAGCAUGAACGGAUUCGUAUUUUCGUCUUUCUACUGCUGACCGAACAAAUAAUGGUAUUGGAGUUCAUAGCAUGAAUUGUGUAGAUCUGAACAAAAAAGCAGUGAGGUCUUGAAUGCUUCGUCAACAUACCAAUGGUGAUACUGUCCUAAUUAUUUCGGAUUAUAAUUCGUUGUUUACUCAGCCUAACAUCAUAUAGAAAGGAAUUCUCUCUCAGUCGUCUUGUAUUUGGACAUCAGAUUUAGACUCAAUGAAAUUUGAUGUGAUAAAGGCACCUAAUAGUCAUAUACGCAUUGAAUUAUGUAUCAUUAGAAAUACUGCUGGAGACAGCUAACGUUGCAUACGAAGAACCAGGAAAUACAACAGCUACGAUUUAGCCUGUCACUUAUGUUUAUUAAUUAGCUCAUUAUUUGGUUCAGUUGAUUACUUUUUUCACUCUCAUCUUAUUUUUGUCUGGAGCACGACUGUAUUCCGUUGUCUCUUGUAAUUAAUUCGUACUUCGUGCGAUACGACGUAGACUGCUGUGUGAUUUUCCGUUUAUCCCCAAAUCUUCUUAUUACUAAUCACGUUUUUAUGAAGUUGUAGCCAUUCAUUAACAUAACUCAGCACCCUUGUUACAUUUCAUAGAUUUUCAUUCCAUUCUGAUGACGCAUAAAAAAAUAACCUGGAAUAUAGUUUAUUGCCUUUAUGUAAAAUUAUAUAAUUUUGACUUUUAAUGGAAUAAUAUACCUAAAAUAAAUGAAUGCAGAUUUACU